GAUUGGGCCCGGCCUCGCGGCCUAGCAGCUGCGCUCUCCUCGUUCCUUUGCGCGGCGUUGGACACGUGUUGUAUAUGCGCACACGCGGUAGGAGCGCAGGGACCUGGUGAGCAGUCCCGGAUGUUUUGCGGAGUGAGGUUCCCUUGCUAGAAUGGCAGCCGUUGUCUCUACCCAGUGAUGCACCAUGCCGAUAGUGGACAAAUUAAAAGAAGCCCUAAAGCCUGGGCGGAAAGACUCUGCUGAUGAUGUUGAGCUGGGUAAGCUGUUGGCAGCUUCUGCCAAGAAGAUUUUGCUGCAAAAGAUUGAAUUUGAGCCAGCCUCCAAAAACUUCUCCUACCAGUUGGAGAGCCUCAAGAGCAAGUACGUUUUGCUGAACCCGAGGGCAGACGGCUUCAGUCGGCACAAGAGCUCUGAAGAGGGACCCCUCCGAAAGCAAGGUAAUGAGCACAUGCUGGGAAGUGAUGGGGUGCCAGCUCCACAGAAGAUCCUCUUCCCUCUGGAGCGACUCUCUCUAAAAUGGGAGCGGGUGUACCGUGUGGGAGCUGGUCUCCACAACCUGGGCAACACCUGCUUCCUCAACUCCACUCUGCAGUGUCUGACGUACACCCCACCUCUGGCAAAUUACCUGCUUUCCAAGGAGCACAGCCGCAAUUGUCACCAGGGAGGCUUCUGCAUGAUGUGCAUAAUGCAGAAUCACAUGAUCCAGGCUUUUGCCAAUAGUGGCAAUGCCAUCAAACCAGUGUCCUUCAUCAGAGAUCUUAAAAAGAUUGCACGGCACUUUCGUUUUGGUAGUCAGGAGGAUGCUCAUGAGUUCUUGCGCUACACCAUUGAUGCCAUGCAAAAGGCCUGCCUCAACGGUUACACUAAGUUGGAUCGUCAGACUCAGGCUACCACAUUGGUCCACCAGAUCUUUGGCGGCUACCUCCGAUCUCGUGUGAAGUGCUCCAUGUGCAAGAGUGUUUCAGAUACUUAUGACCCGUACCUGGAUGUGGCUUUGGAAAUCAGGCAGGCAGCCAACAUUGUACGGGCAUUAGAGUUAUUUGUAAAGGCCGAUGUCUUGAGUGGGGAGAAUGCCUACAUGUGUGCCAAGUGCAAGAAGAAAGUUCCAGCCACCAAGCGUUUCACUGUCCACCGGGCCUCCAAUGUCCUUACCAUCUCGCUCAAGCGCUUUGCCAACUUCAGUGGGGGCAAGAUUACCAAGGACGUAGGUUACCCUGAAUUCCUGAAUAUUCGUCCCUACAUGUCACAGAGCAGUGGUGACCCAGUCAUGUAUGGCCUCUAUGCUGUGCUUGUGCAUUCGGGAUACAGCUGCCAUGCAGGGCAUUACUACUGCUAUGUCAAGGCUAGUAAUGGGCAGUGGUACCAGAUGAAUGAUUCUCUGGUACAUUCAAGCAACAUCAAGGUUGUUCUCAACCAACAGGCCUAUGUACUCUUCUAUCUUAGGAUCCCAAGCACCAGGAAGAAUCCUGAAGGACUUGUCUCCAAAACCAAUUGCUCAGUGCCCAGCCGAACAAACAUCGCCUCUGAUCACUUGAAGAAAAGUGUAACUAAUGGCACCUUUGCGUCACCACUGAUAAGCAAAAGACAAGAUGCAACUCAUCUUAAGAAGGCUUCAGAGACGGAGGAAUCUGGUGUUCCUGUUUCCCGCAACACCUUUGUUUCCAGCAACAAAUCUCAGAAUGGGAUACUUCCUCCUCCUCUUCCCAAGCUCAUACCUGCCAUUGGGUUCUCAUCUCCUAAACUCCCCAGUAAGCCUGCUUUCUUGGAUGACUUAAGCAAGAGAUCCAAGAAGCAGCCUCCCUUGUCUCUCAAAACUUCUCAGGACUUUGGCCAGGCUGACAGUGCUAAGCUGGAGAUGGCCAGGCAGAGCUCCUGGGGAGAUAAGAACUUGGCGGCAUCUUUGCAGCUGUCAGGCAGCUCUGGAGGAUCCUCUGAAGCCAAAGUGCGUGAGGAAGUUACAGAGUUACCAAGCAAGGACUCAUCCUUGGCAUCUUCAUCAUCAUCUUCUAGCAGCUCCUCCUCCUCCAGUCCAGCUCAUAAGCCAAUUAAGGGACUUUCUCAGGCCACAGUAGGAGCUGAUGGCUACUCUUCCUCUCAGGAAACGGAUUGUGUGUCUGGGAAACAUGCUUCUGAGGACUCCAAGUUUGCCAAGCUAAAAUCACCGUUGUUGGCUAAUUUGACCAAUCUGGAGUUGGGAAGUACCAUGUCGCCCCCACCUGCAAAGAAACUGGCACUUUCUGCCAGGAAGGGCAGCAACACCCUGCGGAAAGUGAGCGGCAGUGAGCAUCGGGCACCGCCCCAUUCCCCCCCAGCUGCCACAUAUACCACCCAAUUCGUCUGCGCCGCAGCACUCAUCCAACCCAGGAUGCUCUCACCUGCUUCCAAAUCUUCAGCACCACCACAAACAGCUGACAGUACCUUUGUCGACUUCAUGCCCUCAUCCAGCUUCAAAUCAUGCUGCCUCUCUGCUGCCACCCCUCUUCCAUCACCUGUUGUGCCCACAGUGGCACCACACCUCUCUUAUCCAGACAACAGCAAAGAGCCAUUUGUUGUCAGCAGUAAGAAGAAGAAAAGGAAGCAUAGCUCCCUAGUGGAAGAGCAGGAUGACCACAGUAGCCGGAACAUGAAAGAUUUCAACGGUGAGGGGACUUGGCUCUCUAGUCCUCCUAGCAAGAGGAGGCAACUGGAGGGAAAUGGCAGCAUGGUGCCCUUCCCUGCACAGGAAGCCAACUUGGUGAUGACUAGGAAGGGAGAGGAGGAGAGAAGGGCUGGAGACUACAGGGCAUUAGCUGCAAGUCAAAGUAGUUCCAUCCACAAGAAAAAGAAAAAGAAGAAGAAGAAGAAGAAGAAGAAGAAAAGGCUGCAGCAGAGGGUGGAAGACUGCUCAUCUUUGUUGUCCCCUGUGAACCGCUGCCCUCCUCCACCUGAAAUAAGGUCCUGUAGAACAAAGAAGAAGAGGAAGAAGAAGAAGCAAUUGCCUUCCCCCAGUUCAGACAAGAGCGCUUCUUCUGGAGAGAGUGAGCGCCACAAACAUAAGCAAAGAGAGAAACCGCAUUGUCCUGUGGCUGAAGUCAGUAGCCCCCAAGAAGAACUAAAUGAGAAUGGCCUUUCUUCAGCCAGAGACAGCCCCCCAGCAUUGGCUUGGGGCAGCCAGCUCAGACAUAGGGACAAGUCCUCCCUCAAUAUCCUGAGCCCAAAGAAGGAAAUUAUGCAGCAUGAAUGUGGACCAGCUGAUGUAGUUCAGGAGCUACUGAAGGAUUCUUUGGAUAAAGCUUAUGGAAAGCAAGUUUUAACAUGGGAUGGUGAAGCAUCUGCUGUCAGCCAGGAUGCUGUGCGUGAUGCUGUAUGGUCCCAGAAGCAGACCAUCCUUGAUGACUGGGAUGAGGAGUUUGACAGCGGAAAGGUGAAAAAAAGUAAGAAGUUCAAGCGUGAGCGAAGGAGAAACUACAAUGUCUUCCAAAAAUUGCAAAGCAGGCGUAACUUCUGGGCUGUGACACAUCCAGCUAAAGUAGCUAGCCUGAGCUAUCGGCUUUGAAAGAUGAGUCUUGGCUGAAGAAGUGCUGUGGCCAACUUCUGCACCGUGGAGCUUCAAGUGACCAGAAUCAUAUUGUCAACAGUCACCAGUUGCCACUUCUGGGGAGAAGGUUUUCUUCUUGCCUUGAGUAGGGUGCUGCCAUUCAGAGUGCUGGGAUGUGGCAUCGCUUCUCUACAGCCUCUGAAGAAAGCAGGCUCUUGACCUUACUACAUCAGGGGUGCUGCAAGAUGCCGUGCCUGGGAAGGGCACUGUCCGAGGGUAACUGUGGAUGUGGAUCAGGAGUGGUGGCAGGGUAGUCAGCCCUUGGAGAUGAAACCCUUUGCUGCUCCACACCUAGAAAUCCAGGCUUGGCGAGCUGUGGUGCCCUCCAUAGCCUUUCCUGCCAGGAGAAGUUGAAGAAAACUGAGAACUCUGCCCGGUUUCUAGGAGUAUUGCCUGAAUUGGCAUUUGUCCUUUCCCCCCUUACCAGAUCUGUCAUUAUGAGUGUAAUUUGUAUGACUUUUCUUUACUCAUGCAUGACCUGUCCCUUGUUUCAGCCUUUCAGAUGAGCAUAAAUUCUCACCACCACAAACAUCUUUUCCACAAUCUAUUCUUGCUGCAGAGAAUCCUUGGAACCGAGUUCUGUACAGCAAGAAAAGCUGGUGGUCAGAUUGGCCUGCCCUUAAUAAACAUGAUUUCAUCAAAUGUACAUUGCCAAGGAUGUUGGAAGCAAUUUAUUUAUUGCUGGAAUCUUACAAUUUUAGAUGUAUAAACUGCAACUGAACAUUUGAGGGUCCUUUUACUUUAAACAAAAAUCCUUGCAUAUCCUAAACUGGGAACUCUUGAAGUGGAGCAUUUGAAUAUUCAAGUACACGCCUAUCUUUGCUAUUUUUCAUUCUUCUGCCCUUGUGCUAAUUAAUUUCUGGUGGGCAUUAUUGCACAAUUUGAUAGGCAGAAGCUGUGUCCUAGAAGAUCAGAUUCAUACAACAGAUUAGUGUUCGAAAGAGGCUGACUGAAUCAUUGCUGCUUUAGCACUAAGGCAAAAUUUGUUUCUUGCCCAGUUGAAAAGAAACACUAGUUGCCUGUGAGAAACUUUUUAAUGGGAUAUUAUGCCACCCGGGAAAAAGGGUUCCUUUGCACCUGUUGUUGUCUACCAAUGAAGUUGAUGGCUCUCCCUAAGGCAGACAUAUUUCAUCUGUCAUAUGCCAAUUCUGCAUGAUCACUUUUGAGGGGCAGUCCAUGUGCACCCCAUGCAUUCUUGCAUCUCUCUGUUGUCCACCCAUUUGCCUUUUCAGCAUUGGCACCCAUUUUCUCUAUUCACAGAUGGUGUGUGAAGCUUGAAAACUCUUAAUUCUUUCCACUGCAUAACACAUAAAAACUGUUACCAACUUUGGCCCUUGCAUCUAUUUUGGGCUAACAAUUAGAAUUUUCUUCUUUGAUGAGGGAGACUCUGAGCCUCUUAUCUCUCUGAGGGGAGCAGGGUCUUCUGUUUUACAGUCUUCUCCCGAUAUGUAGAUACCCUGAAUAUGGGCACACUUUGCACCUCGUACUGGGGUUUAAUGCAACAGCCCUCAUUGUAGCAACGGUUCAUGGUGCAAUAAAGGAAUGUUUUGUGUA